CUUUCCUAUGACCAUUCUUUUACUCAUAUUUUGUAUUGUAAACAAGUUGCCUUUUUUAAGUUACUACACCGACAUAAAAAUAUAAACUUUCUUGUUUGUUUGUUUAUUUAUAUCUUUCUUUUACUCCCAAAAUGACUGAAGAACAAACACACCCUAUUCAUCUUGAAAAAGCAGAGCUUAUCAUUUCAUUUGCUAAUAGAAAAAACGGAGCAUUUAAGGCAAUGAUGCAUUAUUUAAGGGAGAUUGAAGACCAAAUUCAGGCACGUCAAAAGAAAAACAGACUGUUUUAUCAAGUUGUGUAUGCUGUUGAAGAUACUUAUCAACACAAGAUAUACAGUGCAAGGCAACUUCUUCAUCGCAUCGCUACAGAAUUGCGCCAUAUCGACUAUGAUAUCGAUAAAUUAGCCAUGGACCGUGAGACGCUUAAACAAGAAUUGGAGCAACAUGAAAUAGAAUUGAAUAAUGUGCGUCAAUAUGCAGAACAGAGACGCAACAAGAAAUCAAAACGAGAGCGCCAAUACCAUCAGCUCUAUCAUGUACCCCUUGUGGCAAGCCAGUUUAAGAAAAAGUAUGUCCGUGCUCGUGACAAGAAUUUAGAUGCAGAAGAAAAAGUCUCGGAAAUACGCUCUAUUGUCGAUAGCUGUCAAAAAGCCAUAGCAGAGCUAUCCAAGUCUAUCACGGAUUGUCAAAAAAGAAGACAAGAGCUUACGCUUGAACAACAAGAUACUCAUGCAGAGAUCAAGCAAAUCGAUGAUUUACUGUUUGAUCUGGAUGAAGGCCGUAAAUUCUGGUCAGGCUUUGAUCAGCAUCAAUUGGUGACUGCGUCUAAAGCAACGACACAGUUCGUUGAAGCCAUUCAACAACAUGCUAAAAACUAUAACACAUUUCAUAGAAUCAUGGACCCAAAUCAACAUUUUGUCAAGGUCUUUAAACUGGCUCUUUAUGAAUAUGGUGAAGCAGAGCGUCAUGCUGAAUCAAGAUGGGGUCAAUUAGAGGUUGAUUUUGAAUGUGCUAAAUGUCGCACAAGUCAAAAGGGAUGGCCAAAGCCAGACAAAGUACGCUCAAUGGAUUUGUUGUGCAAUAGUUGCUAUCAAGAACACCAUUCAAGUAUGGUUUGGGAAAAGAGAAUGAGUGGUGUUAAAGACAGAAGCCAACAACUCUUGUCUCUCCCAGGUGGCUCCAUGCUCUCCUUCUCUUCUUCUUCUUCUACGAUCGCUAGUACAGAUACAAACGAAACAAAGAGUAAACCAGGCUUUAAAAAAGUAUUCAAGAUGUUAAAGACCACUAAACGCAACAGUAGCCAAACCACACUUGAAUCUAACAUGAUGAUGGCUUAGAAAAAAAUACCCAUUC